AUGUCUGUUUACGAUUAUGAUUCGCAGAACACUGCUAAAGAAAAAAGGAAGAUGCUUUCGCUGCGCAAACUUAUGAAUAAGCCGCGGCCGGAUGAUUGGGCACCUCUCGCCAAGUUCUUUUAUGCCGAUGAAGCGCUAAAUUGCAUAGCGCUUGAAUUGGAUUCGUUCGAUGGACGACGAGAUCCCGAGAGGUGCAACGCUCUUGUAAAUAAGCUCAGAAUUUCUCAGGAUAGGGUUCUUCAUAUCAUAGGUGAAAUGCUAACUAUUGUUUAUCCACGUGAAUCAGAUCGAGCUUGCCGAGAUUUUCGCGUGAAGUUUCCAGAUGAAAUUAUACAUGAUAGCCUUCCUGGACAGUUAUGGUUUGGAGCUGAGUGUCUUGCUGCUGGAUCGAGCAUAAUCGACCAUGAAUCUGAAUCUGAUGCUAUCCGGCCACUUGCCAAAGAACUCACUCGUCAUCUUGACUCACUUCGUGACCUUCUUAAGGACCAAUCCCUUCGUGAUCCACUUAUAUAUACAGACGCAAUAAAGGAAAGCCUCUUGAAAUUUGACCACCUAUUCGCCGCAUUUGAGUUUCAGUAUGUCUCAGCAAUGGUUCCGGUAAAAUCAGUGAAAGAACAUGACGCUCAAUUGGAUGUGGCAGUACUCUUUUCUGACGUGCUGGAGCGUGCUUUAAAACAGAAACUCAUCACUCAAGAGCAGAUCGAUUCCUUCGAUCCUAUCGUGAUGAUUUGUAUACCAAGACUGGCUAUUGUCUGGGGGCUUAUUUACUACCCCGAAGGCGCUUUGAAUGUUGAUGGUCCGCAAGAGAACAUCUCCGAGAUGUUCCGUCCAUAUUAUUCAUUGCUGAGCAAAAUUCGGAAUCUUCUACUAGCCCUCACUCCGAAUGAACUUCUCAAAGUUGAGAAGAUACUAUGCACGGGGGAAACUCAAGUAACGGAAGAUAAGGAUGCUCUAACAAUGGCUGCGUUUCGCAGUAACCAUGACUCUCAUGAGCCACGCACACGCAAACCGCUUGCAAAUCUGCAGUUGAAACGCUGUCAGAGCGGAGAUAAUAACUAUGAAUCCGGGACUGUGGCUGAGAAAACGAUCGAAAAAGCUAAUGGCGAGUGUGCAGAAAAACUUGAAAUUGAUGAAGACUAUGAGAGUGGCACACAAGACGAAGCAGAUGCUGAACCUUUAUGCAGCUCGGAAGAUGAUGAUGCUCAAGGACCAGAAUACAGCUUGGAUGAUACGUGUAUGUCGCCUAAUGCAUUUGAGUUGCGCUCAAAAUUCCAGUCUGCUGAUGAUCUCAUACACAGACUGUUCGUAUGCAUUUCUGGAGUUGCCGAUCAGCUCCAAACGAAUUACUCCAGCGAAGUCCGCAAAGUGUUGAAACUCAUUCUUCAGCCAACGGAAGUCAUUCCGGUUUACGAAGUAAAUGGUCAGACUGCGGCAAACGCCGAAAAUGAAGAGGAAACCGGGGUAGAGGUGCAAGAAACCCUUCCGCUACCGUCAUUUGUUGGUGUUCGUUGGGUGCCCGACGAAGAUUGUGAGCAAUGCACUGCAUGUUCUGCUCCGUUCACGGUUGUACGCAGGCGUCAUCACUGUCGUAAUUGUGGCCGCAUUUUUUGCAAUAGAUGCAGCAGAAAUAGUAUUUGCAUUCCAGAGUUGGGAUACGAUCGCAAGGUACGCGUAUGUAAUUUGUGUUUCCUGCACAGGAUGAACCCUUUUGGUAACUGUGCGCCCGGUGCGCAAUCAACUUCAACGGAGGUCCGCACAAACCCUCCUCCCCGAAGCUAGUCGUUUCGCAAUUCACCAGAUAACCUUACUCAGGACCAUUUGCUCUACUAUGUAACAUCACCAAUAUUGUCUUGUUUUAUUUCUCUUCGCAUAUCCUAACAUUAUCUCAAUUCGCUAACGUUUUAUCCUUGUCAUGCUGGCGGGGAUUUUCAUCUAUUGAGGUUGCCCCCAAAUUACCUCUUUCGGUUCGUGCGAUUCUCGUCAAACGCUUUCCGAUAUGACUGUGCUUUUGGCUGUAUCCUCAGAAAUGAAUCGCGCACGCUGUUUAUAAGUGCUGAUCUUUGGGUAGUCUUAUGAUGUUUACUUGCAUUUGUAUUAGGGUCUAUUCAUCUUGUUAUGUCUUAAGCAUAGGUAUAAUUGUAAGGAUCAAACAGAGUGGUGAAAUAUGUCGAUCGACUCCGCUUCGUUAUUACGUCAAUUCACUUGUCACGGGAUGUCUUUAGUAUAGCAGUACCAAAAUGGGAAAUCAUGAAAAGAUGUGAUGUAUAAAGUCCGGUACAUCGCAGAAUUGUAUCCGCGUUCGCUUUGCCAUUUCAUUAUCAUUCUUACUUCAACCCGGUAUUUCAUCCUCGAUGAUAGAGAUUUCCUUUUUUUUCUGUUUGAUGAACAGCUCUCAGCUGCUAUUCGGUGUGUAUCUUACUUCGCCUUGUGUUCAAUAUUUUCGUUGUGUAUUCCAGAUGAAGAUUAUUUCCACUGCA